AUGAUGAAGGCCAGGCAUUAUCAAGCCUUGCUCGCGGGGGCGGCUAUAGCAUCGGUUCUACUAUUCCUGGUAGCCCAGCUGGUUCGUCCACACAGCCGCAACGGCCUUGCCAUCUUCCACGGGCAUCUUCCCCCAAUCCCAGAGUAUGCCGCAGACGACAAACCAGUACUGCGUCAGCCAGACAGAGAAGACUCGGAUCUCACAGUUCAAACGACGUCAAUAAGCAAAACGGCAGAGAUUAUCCCGUCAGAAACAUCAACCAAACAGUGGGAUGACGCUUGGGAUGAUAAGAAUCUCUGGCCUAAGAUUUCAAAACCAACGCCGACACCUGCAUCGGUAUCUACAGGCUAG